UGUAUCCUCCCUCCCCCAAAACAGGAACCAUCCGCACCCAGCGCCCCGGACGCCCCGUCUCCGACGACCACCCGACGCCUCCCUCUCCACCGGAUGGCCCCUUAUUCCUUGAUUGCACCUCCCUCUACCCCAUCUGUUAUAUGCCGCCCCACCCAUGAACCUUUCGCCAUGGCCGCCUCCUUGGCCAUGCCCGCAUGGCAGCCAUGGUUGGGAUCGUCACCUCCCUUGGACGGGGUGGUAUGACCACGGCCAGUGCGAUGGAGGCGAGGGGGUUUGUGGUGGUAUCAGCCACGACGGUGGAGGCGGUGACGGAGUUCUAGGAGGAGAGUUACGCGAGUUGCGGCGGUGGAGGCGGCGGCGGACAUUGAGCCUCGUCACCACGACCCCUCUAUCGUCGGUUCUUCCUCUCUCCCUAAUCCCUUCUCAAUCCAACCAACCAAUUUGGGAGAGCAGCUUCCGCACAAGCUUCCACUGGCAUCUGAAUGCGGCUACAUAAGGAAGCUGGUGUUAGGGGCCAAUGGGUCCAGGGUGACCCACCUCGAGAUCACGGGCAUGCCCGGCGACGCCAAGGCGUUUGACCUCGUCAUCAAGUUUUGCUACGGCAUCAACUUCGAGAUCACCACCGACAAUGUCUCCAUGCUGCGCUGCGCCGCCGAGCACCUGGAGAUGACCGAGGAGUGCAAGCCCGGGAACCUCAUUGGCAGGACCGAGGCUUACCUGGAGGUGGUGGCGCUGGCGAGCCUCGAGGACGCGGUCACCGCGCUCCGCAAGGCCAGGACCGUGGAGCUCCUCCCGACGUCCGACAAGGUGCAUCGAUGCCAUAGCGACCAUGACCUGCGGCGUCGGCAGUCAUGAGGUAUUGGACGGUGGCUACGAUAGUGUGGGCGUGGCGCCCAACCCCGUGGAUGACUGGUGGGCCAACGAGCUGGAUGGUGGGAGUUUAAGCGCACUCUUUGGUUGAACCUCAUGCGUAAACUUUGAUAGUUCCUGUGACAUGAUUUCAGUUCUUGGGUAAAAUUCAGUUCUUGAAAUGUAAGUCAUUCUGUACAUUUUUUUAGUUAAGGAAGAGAGAGCUUGUAGAUGGUUAGCUUGUUGAUUCAACUCACCCCAUGUUUGAUGAAAUCAAAGGCUUAUUUGCCAUUGUUCCUGUGACAUGAUUUUCAGUUCUUGGGUAAAAUUCAGUUCUUGAAAUGUAAGUCAUUCUGUACAUCUUUUUAGUUGAGGAAGAGAGAACUUGUAGAUGGUUCGCUUGUUGAUUCAA